GUGGAGAGGUUAAUCCUUCCCAUCCAUCAUACAGGAAGUAAACAAUGCCACCGCGCCCGGUGAAUAACCGGAAACGUUCCUGAUUGCGUCCAUCCGCUAACAUGGAGGCUGGAAGAGAGCAGGAAUGGUCAGUGACUGGGACCGAAAACGGACGCGAAACAGGCGCGGCGGAUGUGAACAAAGCCCCUGGCAAAGGGCGUCUGCAGGCGGGGCACCUUAGGAAACUUCGAGAGGCUCCAGAUGUUUACUUCCUGAAGCGUCACUCUUUGCGGUUCAACAUAGGCAUGUUUUCUCUGGUCACUGUUGCUGGCCUGGCGGCUGGGAUGUGGGUAGAAGACUGGAUUGCAAGAAGAGUUGAAGAGGACGCAAAGACAGCUGCUGAUGGUUGAAGCAAAAAUCAAAGGAGCUAGAGAAAUUUGAGAAAUCAUGACAACAAGCUUACAGCCAAAGCAGUCGGCGCCAUUUUCUACUUUUGAGCGAUUCAGAACUUGAGGGCUUCAGAGGACACAUGCGGCGGAGGUUAGAGGCUUUUUUCAGAAGUUACAAUGCAUCAGGUUCAACAUUACGUCUAGGUUCCUGAUGCUUCUGGGACGUCUUUCUAGUCAUUUGUACUGUGUGGGAAGUUUUUUUCUGCAUUCGAAAUUUAUCAGGUCUAACACUAUGAUGUCCACAGCCACUCUCUUUCCAUUCACCAGUUGUACUGCUCGCCGCAUGGGUAGUUUUUUUGGGGGGGGAUUUGAAUUUUGAAAUACAGCAGCGCUGGAGCAGGUGUAACAUUUUAUCGAACUUGAUAUCCAGAUCCACUCUCACAAAACUCUUCUUGACUAUAUAUUUUUGUAGGGCUUGGGUAGUUUUUUUUUUUUUUUUUAAGUGGUUACUUACUGGUUAUCUUGCUCUCCUUCCAUUGUGAGUCUUUUUAUUCAUGCUGGAUCUGAGAAGUGCAGGUGCACUUCUCUCUCUUCAGCCCAUCUUUAAACACCACUGCCUGAAAGGGCCACCUGUCCAAUGGUACCAGUUUCUGGCUACAACAGGCUCGGACUUUCGCCUUCCGGCCUGCUCGAAGCUGGUUACCACGCCGGACCUGGUUAGGCUCAGCAGGUCGUUUCCGGAGCUUGUGGUGGUUUAGCAAAGAGGAUGUGUCUGGCGCGUGCAUGGCGUCACCAAGGUUUGACAAUU